CCCGGGGCGCCCGGGACCCCGAGGAGCGCCGCGAUGCCGGACGAGCUGACGGAGCCCGGGCGCGCCACGCCGGCCCGCGCCUCCUCCUUCCUUAUCGAGAACCUGCUGGCCGCGGAGGCCACCAAGGGCGCCGGUCGCGCAGCCCAGAGCGCCGGCGGCCGCGAGGACGAGGAGGACGACGGCGACGAGCCAGCAGACGGGGACCCCGAGCAGGCGUGCCGGCGACGGCUGCAGCGCCGCCGACAGCCGCGCGCGGGCCCCGGGCCUGGCGGGGAGGCGCGGGCCCGGGCGCUGCUCGGCCCGGGCGCCCUGGGCCUCGGCCCGCGGCCGCCCCCCGGGCCCGGGCCGCCCUACGCGCUGGGCUGCGGAGGCGCGAGCCGCUGGUACCCGCGGGCGCCCGGCGGCUACGGAGGCGGUCUGAGCCCUGACACCAGCGAUCGGGAUUCCCCGGAGACCAGCGAGGAGCUGGGCCGGGCCGAGGGCGCCUGGCCGCGUGGGCGAGGGCCGGCCGCAGCGCAGCGCGAGGCAGUGGAGCUGGCUGUGCGGGGCCCGGUGGCCGGAGCAGAGGAGGCGGCGGAGCUGGCCGAGACCCCGGCGGCGGCGGCGGUGGGGGAGGCCCGCAGCGCAGGUGGUGGCCGCAAGAAGAAGACGCGCACGGUCUUCUCUCGCAGCCAGGUCUUCCAGCUUGAGUCCACGUUCGACCUGAAGCGCUACCUGAGCAGCGCUGAGCGCGCCGGCUUGGCUGCAUCGCUGCAGCUCACCGAGACGCAGGUCAAGAUCUGGUUCCAGAACCGCCGGAACAAGUGGAAGCGGCAGCUGGCCGCGGAGCUGGAGGCGGCCAGUCUGUCCCCACCAGGCGCACAGCGCCUCGUCCGAGUCCCGGUGCUGUACCACGAGAGCCCCCCGGCCGCCGCCAGCGCGGCCUCUGGGGCUCCCACCACUCUGCCCUUCUCGCUGGCGCCCGCUGCGCCCGCGCCGCCCCCGCCGCUGCUCGGCUUCUCUGGCGCUCUUGCGUACCCUCUGGCCGCCUUCCCCGCGGCGGCCGCCUCCGUGCCCUUCCUGCGGGCGCAGAUGCCCGGGCUGGUGUGAGAGCCUGACGGAGGCAGUGCAAUGCUGGCGGUGGGGGCCAGGGGCGCGCAGGGUAGGGACCUACGAGGGGCUGCGCCCGCGGCCUCCUGUGCACUUCCAGAAUGUACCUGGCCCCGCGACGGUGCAAGGCUGAGUUCCCGCUCAGAAACGGGGAGCCUCACAGCACCAGGCACAGGGCCUAGGCCAGGCUGCCCCUGCCCUUGGGGUGCCCGGGGACCUGGCGCAGACCGGACUGGAGGGGAGCAAAGCUGGGAACAGGCUGGCCCAGGUGUUGCGGGUGCUGGCCCCAUGGAGAAGCCCUGUCCGGGGACU